AUGACGGAGAUUCACGGUGAAACGGAUGAUUCAUUGGUGUCAUUAACCGACUUUCUUGCUAUGUUUGAUGAUCCGGAAUGUGGUUUUGGUGUAAUGUCGAUUCUAUUGAAGCUGGAAAGUGGCGAUCGGAAUCGGCAUGGGAAUACGGUUUGCUCGGUUUGUCGGUACCCGGUAAUUGGGGCGCGGUUUAAGGAGAUGAAGCUGCGGUUUAGUUUGUGUAGCGGGUGUUACAGUGAAGGGAAAGUGCCUUCGGGUUUGAAGCAAGAAGAGUAUUGUUUUAAAGAGUAUGGAAGUGGGAGUGAAGCCGUGAAAGAUAAGUGUAUGUGGUUUAGUUCACAUCAUAAUCCUAAAAAAUGA